CUGCCAGGGAGAUGCCCCCUCCCCCCACGCUGCGGCAUGGCUUGGUGCCACCCAGGGAGGGGGAGGGGGACAGCCCGGCGGGCACCCUCGCGGGGGGAGGUGCCAGCCUUGUGCCCAUGGGGACACAGCCCCCCCCCCACGUGCCAGCCCUCAGCCAGCUGGCAUUGAGUCAAAGGUGCCGGCUGGUGGGCGCGCGGGGGGCGGGGAGCGGCUGGCACACAGCCCCCAACACAGGCACGGAGAGCGACUGGCAUGGAGCACUGGCAUUGUCAGAGAAAGAGAUGGUGGGGCUGCCAUUGCCCGGCGAGUGAGCCACCUGCCUGACCCAGUGCUGCCACAGAGGCAGCGAAGAGAGAAAGAAGGCCGACCAGGCCCACCAAGGCCCAGCUAGCCACAGUGGGGCACCAUGGGCAACAGCUGGAUCACUGAGAACCAGGGCUGGAACAGAGAGAUGGGGACAGCCCAGAGAGAAGAGAAAGAGCGAUCGAUCUAUCACCAUUCACCCUCUCUGUCUGUCUAUCUGUCCAUCCCCACCCACCCCUCUCUCUAUCCCCAUCCGCCUCUCUCUCUCUCUCUCUAUCCCCAUCCGCCUCUCUCUCUCUCUCUCAUCUCCCGCAGAGACUGGCUGAGGAAGAGGAGGAGAAGUCACCGGAGGAAGAUCUCAACCCCCCUAUUGGUCCUGCCGCCUGGACACAAAGAGUCUCUUCGUUUCUCAGGACUCCAUCCUUCACUUCGCAUCCCGGUCCGGGACCAGAGGAAAUUGGGAAAAGCCGGGAUUCUCCUUGGAAGGGAAAACAUGAGAUUCCACCAGCUCCUUUCGGGGUAUCAGAUUUGGGAGACCUUCGAGUGCAUGUAAAUGAUUUAUAAAUGCAAUGGGACAAAGGCAAGCCACUUUGCAGUCAAUGGAAAUCUGGGAAUCUCCUGCAGGCUGAGGACAGUGGAAGGAUCCAAAGAGCAAAAAGAUCCCAGCCAGAGAGAGGCCGUGAUGCCGUCGGGCAGCAUCGAGGUGGAGGUGAAGUUCACAGCCAGGCCGGGCACGGAGGCCAGGCUGGCGGCGCUGGGGGCGGCCCUGGCCGGGAGCUCGUCCUUCCGCGACCGCUAUUACGACACCCCCGACCUGCGGCUCACGCGGGCUGACCACUGGCUGCGGCUCCGCCAGGGGGCCGGCUGGGAGCUCAAGUGCCCCCCGGUGCCACGCAGAGGAGCCGGAGGCUCCAGCCACGUCCCGGGUGCCCUGUCCCCAGAGCCGCCAGCAGAGGGCGCCGGAGGCUCCAGCCACGUCCCGGGUGCCCUGUCCCCAGAGCCGCCAGCAGAGGGCGCCGGAGGCUCCAGCCACGUCCCGGGUGCCCUGUCCCCAGAGCCGCCAGCAGAGGGCGCCGGAGGCUCCAGCCACGUCCCGGGUGCCCCGUCCCCAGAGCCGCCUGCCGUGGCCACCACCUACCAGGAGCUGACGAGCCCCCGCGCCAUUGUGGGCCGGCUGUGCGGGGUGCUGGGCGUGGCCCCCGUGCCCGGCUGGGACCAGGUGCCCGGGGCCGUGGCCGGGCUGGGCCUGCAAGAGUUUGCCAGCUUCGUGACCUGGCGCCGCAGCUACCGGCUGGGGGGCCUGCGGGUGGACCUGGACCAGGCGGAUUUCGGCUACACCGUGGCCGAGGUGGAGGCCGUGGUGGGGACCCAGCAGGAGGUGCCGGCAGCGCUGGAGGGGGUGAUGCAGCUUCAGCGGGCACUGGGGUGGGACGGUGCCACCGGUGUGCCCGGCAAGAUGAGCGUCUACCUCCAGCGGCAUCGCCCCCGGCACUACCAGGAGCUGCUCCGGGCGGGGGUGCUGGCCGGGGACCCCCAGCCGCCCCCCCAUGACGACAACGCUUCCGGGCCUGACACGCCGGCGCCAUGUGUCCCCUCAAAAGUGAUGGGGCUGGCAGGGGCGGUGGAGGUUGAAAUGGGGCCUAGUGCUGGGGAGAGGCAGCCCAGCGCCCCCUAGCGUCGGGGGGAGACUGGGCACGGACCGGCCCCCUCCGCAGCCCAACGCCCCCACAGCUGCAGCCCAUCGAAGGAUGCUACGGUCACAGAACAUGGCUUUCACCCCAGAGCUCUGGAGGCCCCGCCCUAUGGGGCCAGCCCACAGCCGAGCAACCGAGGCAGGGUGGCUCCCUGCGCAAUUGGCCUCGGUCGCUAACUGCGGCAUGACCCGCGGUCACACGCCAGCAGGCGCCUGGCUUGGCCCCCGUCCCAAGGGCGGAAACCGAGGAAAGCUGCACGGGGCACCCGCCCCCGUUUGAUCCCCCGAGAGGGAGAAUGGGGACAGCUGGCCCCCGCCCCCCCACUAAUACAUUUAGCUCAGUUACGCUAGGACCUAGGGGGAGGGAAGCUGAGAUCUGGCAAAGAUAUGGAGCGGGGCUGGCAAAGAGCUGGGGGGCAUGCUGGGGUCCGGUUGCCCUCCGGCCGAGCAAGGGGAUAGGACAGGGCCCCAGCGUGCAUCAGCUCCCUUGCCGGGGACCCUUGGCCUAAGCCGAGCAGGCAACGCUGCCGCACAGCGCCCCCUAGUGACGGGCUGGGCGACGGGCCCCAGCAGCACAGCUCCCCCUAGUGGACGUUUACACCAAGACACAUGUUCAGAGGCUCAAUUUU